AUGGGUGCACAACACACGGAUACAGACACCUAUACGUACACAGCAGCCAGGGCGGUAGAAGCCUCAGAUCUGAGCCCCCCCAAAAAAAGAAGUAGAGCAUCAGCGAUAACCCCGGUGAAGAUGCCACGCCCCAGCCUCGUCUUCAGCCUCCUCACACUGGGCAGCCUGCUGCUGCUGACGAUAGACGCCAGUCCCGUCUUCGUGGAUAAUCCCAGCUUAGCACAGUUCCAAUCUGGUCGAAAUAUCCGUCAUCUGCCCUGCAUCGUUCGCAAAUCGGGACGCUCGGGGGUCUGUAUGUUUGCCAUCGAUUGCAUCAAGCAGAAUGGCACGCACCUGGGCACCUGCAUCGAUCGUUUCUACUUUGGCUCGUGCUGUGCAAUGAAGGAGGAAGCCUCGCUCUUUGCUCCAGAGAUCAACGACAACAGCAUCGACCAGAACACCAUUUCCCACUUUGCCCACGAGUCCACCACCCUGCCCACCAGCGCCCUCUUUAAGCUAACCACCGAGAGCAGCCUGUCCAGCAGCUCCUCCAGCAGCAGCGGUGGUGCAUCCAGCACCACCCACCAGCACACCACCAACGAACUGCUCAAGAACGUCACCCAGUCGUACCUGAGCACCGCCAAGCCGGCACCUGUGCGCACCACCAGCAACAACAACACACUGUCAACCACACGCCGCCCACCGUUGGCUCACACCACCCACAAGAACUCGCAUUUCGUGGUGCGCACCACUCUGAAACCCAAUGUGGUUCCAACAACGACUUUUGCACCAACCAUUAAGCCACCACGCCGCCGCACCACCACUGCCAAACCGGUGCUAACCACCGUUCCGAUUGUGGAGCAGCGCAUUGAAACCACCUCGGUGCCCACCAAAUUUGUGACUUUCCAAAUUGUGGAGACCACGACGCCGCCGGUGACUGAACCCACCCGCCAGCAGGAGACAACAACAACCACCACCAGGAGGCACACAAGGCCAACGGGGAGCAGCUCAGUGGCCAGCAGGACAACCAGCAAAACAACAACCACUAGCACAACCACAACAACUACAGAAGCUCCACCCACAACAACAACCACGAAAGCAGCCGCAACCACCCAGCGUCCAACACCGCCAUUGCGCACCACCACAGUAAAGCCUCAUAAAACGCAUUCCAGCCGGAGACCAGCGCCUGCGAAAAAGCCAGUGGGUACGACAACAACCACCGUUAAUGGAACGCAAUCCACACGGAAGCCGGUGGAUAGCCUGGCCAGUAGUAGCACCACUGUGAAUGCACCCACAGCCACCACUUUGCCAGCUCGCAGACCAGUCAUUCAUACGAGUAGCAGCAGCACCACCAGCAGUAGUAGUAGUAGUAGCACCACCAGCUCCAGCUCAACAUCAACAACCACCGUCCUUAGAGAUGAACUGAUCAAGAAUCGCACUACAACAAGGCUGCCGGAUCGCACCACUCAAGCACCGCGACCGAAACCAAAACCCACCGGAGAAAUUGUCAAGGUUCCGGCUCUGCUGGCUGAGCCAACAACAACCACCGGAACAGCAGAUUCUUCCAGCAGUAGUAGUAGCAGCCCUUCAAGUAGCACCACUCCUUUGGUGACCAAAAGAAAGCCAACCACCACCACUGCAGCACCAACAACUACCACAACAACAACCACCACAACAACAACCACAACUCCAAAACCCACUCGGAGAUCCACAACAACGAAAGCUCCAACAACAACCACUACUAAGGCAACAACAACAACAACCACUACCAAGGCACCAACAACAACAACCACCACCACCACCACAACAACAACCACUACAGCGAAACCCCUGCUCACCACCGAGGCACCCACAAGUGCACCCCUUACAACAACCACUAAAAAGACCGGCCUGAUUACCUGGACAGAUGUGGAGGCUGAGCCACCGACCAAUGCCAACAUUUCGAACGAUUGGCAACCUGCACCACCGCCAAAUUGGAUGCCACUGGCCACCGAAACACCUGAAGUGGCGAACAAAACAUCGGCAACGACAGCACCACCCAGUGCCACCGACAAAGUGGUCAUCUCGGUGGCCACCAGCGUCAGUGAGGUGGAGACUCAUGGGCCGGGUAAGCCGCAGAAGACCACGAAGCCACCGAAAACCACCAGCACAGCCAGACCCACAACGACAACAACAACCACAGCAGCAACAACCACUGCGGCAGCAACAACCACAGUGAAAACCACAGAGGCACCAGCGAGCAGCAUAGAAUUAGCCUCAUCUACAUCAUCUUACACGGAUCUCAGCAGUGAGGAGGCUUCCAGCAGCAGCAGCGGCAGCAGCAUCAGCACCAGUACUAGCACCACCAGCAGCCCAACAACCACAGCUGAAACCACCGAUUAUAGCGGCGAAGAACCGAACACAACGACCAUCGAGGCUACAGGCAGCACCACCGUGGCACCCGCCAAUGCAUUGGAGGGCGUCGAUUACAAGGAAGUCUGCGGUCGUCGCAUGUUCCCCGAGCCCCGGAUCGUUGGAGGAGCUAAUGCCGCCUUUGGACGCUGGCCCUGGCAGAUCUCCCUGCGCCAGUGGCGCACCUCGACCUACCUGCACAAGUGUGGAGCCGCCCUGCUGAACGAGAACUGGGCGAUCACGGCGGCCCAUUGCGUGGACAAUGUGCCACCCUCUGAUCUCCUGCUGCGUUUGGGAGAAUAUGACCUCGCGGAGGAGGAGGAGCCCUAUGGCUACCAGGAGCGACGAGUGCAGAUCGUCGCCUCGCAUCCGCAGUUCGAUCCACGCACCUUCGAGUACGAUCUGGCCCUGCUCAGGUUCUACGAGCCCGUCGUCUUCCAGCCCAACAUCAUUCCCGUCUGCGUGCCCGACAACGAUGAGAACUUCAUUGGCCAGACAGCCUUCGUCACCGGCUGGGGUCGCCUCUAUGAGGAUGGACCCCUGCCCAGUGUUCUGCAGGAGGUGGCCGUGCCGGUGAUCAACAACACCAUCUGCGAGUCCAUGUACCGCUCCGCGGGCUACAUCGAGCACAUACCGCACAUAUUCAUCUGUGCCGGCUGGAAGAAGGGCGGCUACGACUCCUGCGAAGGUGAUUCCGGUGGCCCCAUGGUGCUGCAACGGGAGGCGGACAAGCGAUUCCAGCUGGGAGGCGUCAUCUCGUGGGGCAUCGGGUGUGCGGAGGCCAACCAGCCGGGCGUGUACACCCGCAUCUCGGAGUUCCGGGACUGGAUCAACCAGAUCCUGCAGUUCUAG